UGUCUAAAUGCUGACCGCAGAUCGGUUCAUUUGUGCGCUGAAAGAAUUUAUUCGUCUUGUGUUGUCUGACCCAGAAUCAGUACCUCAUGGGAUCUAUGGGAUCCUAAAAACACGGAUUCCCCAAUAAUUGCGUAUAAAUGCCGAAAUCUUUUGGUCAAAAACAUGCGUGUAGAUCCACUACCCACGAUUGAUCAUAUGUUUUCUGUCUGCUAUUUAGGCUGAAACCUGUCAUUUACAGAUGUACUCUGAAACGUUGUUUUAGAUUGCAGUAAUGCAAUAAUAUCCUAACCACGUAUUUUUUGUGGCGUAGGCGUUGAUUUAUCUCCACAAAAUUGCAGUUGUGUAAUUUCACUUUAUUGUCAUCGUUAUUUUACACAUAACAUCAAUAUCAAAUAAUGUUUGAUAUUGUAAUGGAAGAUGCAGAUAAGGGUUAUUAAGUGUUUGAUCAGUAUCUGCUGAAGUACUCUGACCAGGAAAGAACAGCGUUCCCAUGGUUACACAUAACUACAUACAGGUCUGGUUUUUGUAGCUCUCGCUUGUUAGGUUCGUGCAUAUGUUUAUGGUAAACUGAGAAACAGUGCAUACUGUUUCAAUUCGUAAACAUCUUGGAAGAAAAGUUUUUUAAAAUUAAAAAUGAUAAAAGGAGGUAAACGCUACUCAGGAAUGGAAAAUGCUGGCAAGUGGUUUGCUCAUAUAGGCUUCUCACAAAAUCCAAACGGGCAACUAACCAGAGAUUCAGGAUCCCUGUCAAGACAGUGUUUGCCUGUUAUGCUGACACCUGACAGGGAACGAUACCCCAAGACUUAUAAAAAAAACAAAGAUCAGAAAACAGGAGAUAUAAGUUAUUUGUUCUCAAUCCAUGACAAUCGAGAUGCGCUACGUUACAGCAUUGAAACAUAUGAUAAUGUAUUAGGUCGCAAAAAAUUUCUGGACGAAAGGAGACAGCAUAACUCACACUUCACCUUUGGGGACCGUGAGCUUGACUACCCCUGUAAACCGAGCAUUGGUCUGGCAACAUAUUCCUCAGACUGCCGGGGCAAUCAGGAGACUGAAACCGCAAACAGGCGACGUUUCCCCCGGAACCACCUGGAGAGAUCGAAUGCUAUGUCUGCCCAGACUGGGGGAAACUUAAUGUGGUUUGGAAGGCAUGAUUCAAAAGAGAGGAUUCCCCUCAGUCUCCUUGGUGCCACUAACAAACAGUCUCUUGGGCACUAAUUCCUGGCAGCAUAAUAAACACUGAUUGAGUGACUUGAAAGAUUUGUUGACGGAUAACACAUAGAUAAUUACUCUAAUAAGGUAGAGACAUGAGCAUAAAAAGAAUCUUUGUUUAUAAUUGUGGAGCAGUCAAGAUGAUGUCCUUGAUGUAGAUCACUAAAGGAUCAGCCUAUAAUUGUAAUUAUAAUGAUCUCAUAAUAAAUAUAUUUCAAAUAUGCUUCUUUCACAUAAAGUUAUUCAACUAAUUCAUACUCAGAGAGUCAUUUUAGAGGAAAUGUUUUCAAAGCAAUUGAUAUGUUCAUUAUUUGUUUUUAAAUAUAGGAUUUGAGAAGCUCUAUCAGAUAACUCGGAUUAUUGACAGCAUAUGCAAAAACAUUUAAAUGAGUUUUCUAAUGAAUCUUUCACUGUCAUUUCUGCGUAUGUUCUUGGGAAAAGCUGCCAUUUAUGGUACAAUUUGAAUGGCUACACUGCUUACCAUAUUAUUCACAAUUUUAUUAGGUACUUCCAAAAUGGAUACAGAGAUCUAUCGGCAUAAUGACUCUGCUACUAAAUUUGAAUAUCCUGAAGUUGACUAUUAUUACCUAAAUGUACCUCAAUCUUGUAUUGGUGGAAUAAAGCUUUCAGUGUCUAAUGGUAUUAACUUUCGCUCACAGGCACAAACUUUAUGCUGCUGUUACUGGUUUAGAUUUGUAAUGCAUGCAAAAUGUAUUUUGUAUAACUAGCAAUUGAUAAGACUAAAUAAAUUAUCUUUAUUAA